AUGAGAGGUCUUUUGUCGUUGCUGACGUUAACAGCCACGUUGGUGUGUCUGUUGACGUUGCCAGACGAAACACAGUCACGUCGUGUCGAUAGACAACGGCGUCAUGCAAACCGAGCCAGGCGUGACGCAUCACCGGAAAUACCUAUACACCGAUCCAGGCGUGACGCAUCACCGGAAAUACCUAUACACCGAUCCAGGCGUGACGCAUCACCGGAAGUAUCUGAACUCCGCAAUAAGCGUGAUACGUCAUCGUUCCCCUCUACAACAGAAGCUCCAUACAGUUCAGCGGCGGCCGAGGAAGUUCAAAGGGUCGUGAGAGACUUCCUGGUGGACGCCAUCAAGUAUGCCGAAUCAAAGGCAGACGAUGAGAACGGUGGAAGUUGGACCGAGGCCAUUCUAGAGUUCCUCUUGAAGGAACUUCAGGAUUCUGGCAACGUGGAAGGAACUGCUGAGGAGGACUUACGGAAAGAUCUAGUAACAAGGUUCGGGGGAGAAAAUAUGGAAUCACAUCUCAGACAGGUCGCUAAGCAAAUAGAAAAUGGCGAGGUCACGUCUAACCAUCAUCACCACGGAACUCAGGAUCAGCAUCACAGUCAUCAUGGCGCAGCAGGCAACCAUGGCGGAAUACAUCACAAUCCAGAUUCAAAGAUUCAUGGUAAACGAGGUCACGGCACAAAUCACCAUGGGGGUCACGGCACAGCACAGGAACACACUCAUGGACACCGGCCUGAGCACACUAACGGCGUCACAAGUACGUCUACACAGAAACAACACCACCAAGGUCACCAUGGACAGCACCAACACACAGAAGGCACUGACCAGCUAGAGAGCACCGAAUCCUUCACUCAGCAAGAUGACUUUGAAUUUACUCCAGAAUCUAUUAGGUCACACGUCAGGAGCUUUCUUGAAAACAUGAAUCCUCAGCAGAUCAACAGCUUUUUAGUUUUCUUGGACAACAUCGAAGCGGAACAAGUUUUCAAAGACGGUGAGAUUGCAUUCAUUCCUUCUGGAGCUAUCAAAGCCCAUAUCAACAUGGUCUUUGACAAAUUAGAAGCUGCCAAUGACACACACGCUGAAAGAGCACUGAGGGUCAUGCUCCAUUAUCUUCAUGGCUUCGAAUAUUCAGAGUUUCACAAGUUACAAGGCAGUUACACUGAAGAUCCUACCCUUGAAUACGCCCGAGGAUUUGCUCUGGGAAUGGUCGACAAACUCCUAGCUGAACAUGGCGAAGAGGAAAUACAAACAUCUCUUGCAGAGAUGGAGCAUCUGCUGGACAAGUUUGAGAAGCAUUUCUCUAUAGACCCUCUUCAUACCGAGCACAAGCGUCAUCAUCACCAUGGAGAUGGUCCUCCAGCAACCGCUGAAUCGGUCACAGCUCUUGUAAACAAAGUAUUUGGAGAAAUCGAAAACAAUGCUGACAAAUCUGAAAGACAUCACGAGUUGAAAAUCAUUGCCCAAAUCCUUCAUUCGUUUACCGGUCACCAUGGCCACCAGAGAGAGCAUCUAGAAACUGACGUAGAAGGCCUAGUCACUGUGGAGUCUGUCAAAGGACAUGCACUGAAGCUGGUUCAGACACUUCAGUCACACAAACAGACCCGAGCUCUCGCUGAUCUUGCUAACAUGCUGGUAUUUUUCGAGGCCAAAGCGAGCGACACUCAACCAGAUGUGCACUUCGAAGAGGAGUUCCAAGGCGAGUCCCCAGCAUCCUCACACAAUGCGAAUGUAGAACCUGCUGCCGCGAUGAAGUUAGUAGAUAAAUUCAUUGAAAGGUAUGUGGCCAUGAAAGAUGAUGCCCAGCUGACAACCAUCCUGCGAUCAAUCGUGGCCUACUUCGUUGAAUUUGAGAAAGAAGAGAAGCAGAGACAACACAACGGCAACAAUCUCCAUCAGAAAGAUGAUGACGUCGAUGGUAGCGAGGACGAAGCUGAAGUUUCUACAGCUGUCCCUGAGGGAAACACACGUAACGAGCCCAAUACCAACCCGUCUGUACAUCAUCUCCCCACCAUCGGAAACAGGGGCCAUGGCAUCGGAACCCAGGGACUCGGGGGAUUCGCUGCUGCUCCAGAGAAGACUGGCGUUGGAUCGGGAAUCCCUGGGCGCGGCGGCACCGUGGGAAGCCACCACGCCCCUCAAGUCCCACACCACACUUUUGGUCACCGUGCAUUUAGAUAAAUAGGUGAUCAAUCCUGGUCAAUUCCACUGGAUCGGGUCACAGCUCAUUUCAAAUAAUGUCUCGUUUUACCAAAUUCUGUUUAGUUAAACCAUGAUGUCGUCCAUGAUCUAUCG